AUGCUGGAUCUCGAGGACGACACCCCUCUGUUUGAUGGAACCCGCCUCAAGCCCUUUCAACGGCCUGGGGUGCCUCCCCUCCGCCUUCACAUGCCCCGGGGCUCCUCGUCUCAAGACCUGGCGCCCACAUCGCCCACCAGCUCUGCUGACGCCGCUGGGUCUGUGCUGAUUCACAGGGCCGCCAGUGGGAGCCAGAGGGGUACGAUUCCCGCCUGGAGGGAGGCCAGUCCUCACCUGGAGCUCCCCAGCACCUCCAAGGAGGUGGAGGCGGAGGUGGCCUGCAAGGCCUCCAGUAGAUCAUGGAAAGGGCCAUCUUGCGUGGGCAAUACCGAUGCUGGUGGAGGAGGCCUGCCGCCUGGUCUGCCCUCGCCACAUACACGGUCGCACUGGCCACAAGAACGGGACAGGGGAAGCUGCCCUCCAGUGUGCAUACAGCGCGUAAAAGCUGUGCGCUGCAGAGGGUCUGCGGAGGCAGCUCCACCCGCAGAGACCCUGUGCCGCAGGCAAGUGGCAUGA